AUGAAUAUGAUGAAUAACCAAGCUGGGAAACUAAUUCAGUCAACAACCAGUGUCCGUGCACCUUCCAUUCCUCUCUUUUUCCUUUCAUCAGCACAUAUCAUGAAUUCCUACAGAUGGAUAUUCUUCAAACUUAUCUUUCUCAGCUUAAUGUACAGUACACCAGGAAAAUGGAUGUUUGUAAUGGAUGCCAAAAAAGAAAACCAAUGGAAGCAACAAACAAUACCUUUGUGGAUUUCACCGGCUUACUCGAGACGUCGAUGGGAACAAUUGGCGGAUCUAUUGUUUCAGGUACAAAACAGAACAAAUAUUAAAUUUCGAUCUUUUAUCAAAGAGAGAGAUAACGAUUACAUAUCUGUGAAGACAACUACUUAUGGCUGUUACGGACUUCUUGGAUAUGGGAAGGGUGGAGAAAGAUGGAUCAAUAUCUACGAUGAAUGUAUAGAGUACAGUCACAUUGUCUUGCGAUCAAUAUAUCAAAUUCUUGGUUUUCAAAUGAUUGCAAUGAAGGAGCCGGAAGGAAACAUAUUGUAUUCCGGUGCUGACAGCAAGAUUGGUCAUCUUAAAUUUGUUGUAUGGAAGAACAAAUUUAUUGUGGAUUCAAAAAAGCUGACCGAAGAGACCAACGAAGAAGAAUGCAUUGGAAUGGAAACUGCGACAAGUAUGAUGUGUCAUCAACCAAAUAUGGAAUUUUUUUACUGGAGCAAAGUAUACGAGAAUCUUAUCCACUCCUACCCCUACAUAGAUGACCCACUCUUUGGACAUGUGUACAGAAGGACCAGAAAUAUAAGCAACCAUGACAUCUUCCACGUGAACAGAAUUUAUAAACAGGCCAACAAGGAUUCGAGUUAUCGAUUGCAUGAUUUCGCGAAUCCUUCAGUGUAUAGGGCUGAAGAUUUCCAGAAAAUGCCCAAUGUUAUCAUUGGAUUGGCUGAUUUGUAUUGUGAGGAUAGUCUCGUUGACUGUGACUUUCUACACAAAUCUCGUGGUCAUUGCAAUUCAUUUCAGGAGUUCAGGUACAUAUUAUGUGCUCGGACCUGUGGAAUGUGUGGUAUAAGCUUACGACUGUACUACAUUAGUACACAUCAUCCUUUCUUGUACAUCCAGGAAAAGACAGAACAUCAGUUGCCAAUAUGUACCGAUGAUCUUCAGGCUGUUCUAAAUGGGACAUGUAGUCAUACAAAUUUGCAUAAUUGCUUGCUUCCCAGAUUUCGGGAAAAGUGCCGCAGAAGUUGUGGCUAUUGUCCAGAACAAAGUCGAAUUGAUUGCGAAUUUGUAACGGCUCUAAAUGCUGAAUAUUUGUACGAUCAUCCGAAUUACAAUUAUCGCUGUCAGUACAUUCGAGCCAUCUCCAAUAGGAAAUGCGAGGCGGAUGAAAAAGUUGCAAUAAAUCCGAUUACGGACUGUAUGCUAUCCUGUGGUCAUUAUGCAUGCUCUCGAGGUGACAUAGAAGAAGAUAUGGGGCAUGGGCAAGUCCCUGUGAUGCAACUGUAUGUACCACAAAAUGAAUGGCAAUUCGCGACACUUGGAUCUUUGGCUAGUUUUGAAGAAACCAAUUCAUCAUUCAGUUAA